AUGGAAAACAUAUUUGAAGUUCUUAAAACACAAGUAUCACUGGAGAAGACACUUAAUCAGAGGUUGGAUGAGUUUGAAGCGAGACUAGAGGGGUCAUCAAAGGACUUAAGCCUGAAGGACCUAAGUUCUGACUACAUCAACUUCAAGAAUUUUGUCUAUUCAACAUUAACAUUACUGCGGCAGCAAAUUAACCUUCUAAUUGUUAAUGUGGAUGCCAUUGAAAGUAGACACAGAAAGAAGUUUCUGCUGCUGGGAGGAGUGGUCGAGAAUACCAAUGAGAAUGUCCGCGAAUUGUUAGCUUCAGUCAUCACGAAGAAUCUUGGUAUCAAAAAUUGUUCUAGUCAGUCGCUGCAGCCAAAAUUUAAUUGGAAAAUUAUAAGCUUAGACAAAGUAUUGGAAAUUUCUUGUCGUUAUUGA